ACAGAUUCUUUGCUUAGUGCAGGAUUGUGCACUUCGCCGUUUUUCAACCUGUUAUCACUUGAAAGCUGACAAAAUGCACCCCUUGGUGCAAAUCCUCCGCCGAAGCGGAUUUUUACCAUUCCCAUCGAGAGACCGGAAUGUCUGUUCAAAGUGAAGCGUUGCUUCAUACUGAAACCACAGUUCGUAGGUUGAGAACAGGGGGAGCAAAGCUAACGAGGAAGUGAUACUUAUGUGUGGUAUAACGGCAGUCACGCAACUUUUCGGAUUGCUGAUGGAACUGCUGUGACGGUUCGAUCGCCUCGAAUUAGUGACCGAGGAAAGGGACACAAAUGGACCAUCCGCCACUAAACGUCUCCCUGUGAUGUCGUGCAUUACAAACACGGCGGGGGAUCAGUAAUUUUCUCCAACACAAGGCUCAGGAAGACAAAGCACCAGAAAGGAUCAGACUUUGAAAGCUCAGAAACAAAAAAAAACCGAGUCUCAGGUCUCGACAACAAAAGGCAGGAAAGUGAUCCAUCUUAAAACUAAAAACAAGGAUUAAUUGAGGCGAUCAAUUUGUAACCUCGGAUAUGCAAACAGCUACCGAAUCGCCCUUUAAUAACUCAGGAAUAGGUGUAUUCUCGGAAGAUGCAAACAGCGUCCAGAAUCAUAAAGCUGUUUCGAAGUAUGAAGAUUUUGGUUUUAAAGUUGCAGUGGUUGCUUCCAUUGUCAGCACAGCUGUAAUUUUAUUGAUGAGCAUGGCUUUUUUAACCAAUUGUCUUAUCAAAUGUGUGAAGAAGAAUGAAAGAAGGAAACAACAGAGAGGAUUGCAAACUUGGUACCAGAUUGAAUGUAAUGUAAUGGGAGAGUCAGGAGACUUUUAUCGUGGCUAUAAAGGCAGAAACAAUAACAACAACAAACUCGAAGAUAAUAUAUUAACUAAAGAAUUAGAAAGGAGUGCACUGGACAAGAAAGGACUUUGCAGGUGCCAAGAGAAGACUAUAACGGAUUUUGAAAUCACAGCUUGUUGCAGGGAAAAUGGUCUGCAAGUAAUUUUUCAGCCACGGAAUCCACAAGUUUCUAGAAAAUACGGAUUCACUGAAUCAGAGAUUUUAUUGAAUUCACUGACUGACAGGCACGUUGUUCAAACGCACGAGUCUCAUCAAUCUCAAGACAAACAUGGACACCAUAUUCCAAGACACCAUCCUUGACACGGGAACCACUGAACAUCUGUUGGUAUAGUGUUCAACUGAACAGAAAUGCCACAGAACAUAACCUUGGGAGUGACAUGUGCCUUAUGAUUAACAUAUCAGCAGACCUGGUUUUAUUAAAGUUUUAUUGAGGAAAUAUUUAUAUUCAAAAGAAUGUUCACCAAUGAUAAUUGACUAUUUCAAGGGGUUCAUGUUUUAUAAAUCCUAUCAAAGAUCAUGAAUAAAUCAUUGGCUGUGGCAUUAAUAAUUUAAUUGCAAUUUACCACAGUACAAUAUUUGAAGCAUGUAAAUUAUUGUUUACUCCACAGUAACUAGCAUACAACAAUUGUAUGCCUGUCUUAAAGGCUGAAUAAUGUACUUGUUAAAUUAAUUAUUUUCAUUAUUAUUAGCGUUCUCUGAUAAAACAGAAUUCCAAACUGAGGUAAUUAAACCAUUAUUGCACUAGCUACUUUCAGGUGUGCUGUGUAUUUAGGUCAUGUGCAGCUGCUUUUUGCCUUGAGUUUUUUUCAUCCAGCCACUCCACAGCUAGGACAAGUUUCGGAGUGAGAGUGGCUAAUUUAAUACUUCUGCUGGAAGUAGUUUGGUGAUCUAAUGCAAUCCCUAUUGUGCUGAACUAAUCCUGUUAACAUUGAAUAACUGCAUUCAUACAAUUUGUGUACGAGGUUAGUCAAAAAUCAAGGUUUGAAAAUAACUCGUACUGAAGCUCAUACAUGUGCAGUUACUGUCAAGAUGUCUUUGUGAUUUUUUAUUUUUGCCAUGAUAUUUUCCUAAUAUUGGGAAAGAUCUGUACACAGCUGUUUGAAAGCUGGAUUGCUGGCCUGUACUGUUUAUAUUGCUUGAAGCCAGAUUAAACUUGAUUAUACCAGUA